AUGGCAGCACUUCUAGAUCCGGUCGUGGACGUUCUGGAGGAGGGUAGCCAUCCGUUGGACUCUCUUUUCAAGCCCAAGCGUGUGGCUGUGAUCGGUGCAACGGACCGUGAGGGCAGCGUUGGGCGCACUCUGCUUCGGAACCUCAUCAGCAACCCCUUCGGGGGUGUUGUCUACCCUGUGAACCCAAAGAGGGAGCACGUCUUGGGCAUCUCUUCCUUCAAGUCCAUCGCUGCCUGUCCUGGCCAGAUUGAUUUGGCUGUGGUCAUCACGCCGGCGUCAACUGUGCCUGCUGUAGUCAAGGAAUGCGUGGAGAACAAGGUACGAAAUGUGAUCAUUAUUUCGGCCGGUUUCAAGGAGGUUGGGCCAGAGGGAGAGAAGUUAGAGAACGAAGUGAAGGCCAUUGCCCAAACGGGCAAUCUGCGAAUAGUGGGACCAAAUUGCCUAGGCAUCAUUUGUCCCACCUCGGGUCUGAAUGCAUCCUUCGCAAAUUUGAUGCCGCAGAAGGGGAGCGUUGCAUUUAUCAGUCAGAGUGGUGCGAUGAUCACCUCGGUGCUGGACUGGAGCGUUUCACAGAAGGUUGGUUUCAGCGCUGUCAUCAGCAUCGGGUCCAUGCUGGACAUGGAUUUUAGCAGCAUGAUCUUCUAUCUCGCCAAAGAUCCGGCAACGAAGAGCAUCGUUCUUUACAUGGAGUCGAUUGGCAAUGCCCGAAGCUUCCUGUCUGCUGCACGAGAGGCAGCACUGACCAAGCCCAUUAUAGUAAUCAAGGGUGGCCGCACGGAUGCAGCCGCCAAAGCUGCAGCAUCCCACACAGGUAGCCUGACUGGGAGCGACGCAGUGCUUGAUGCAGCCUUCAAGCGAGCUGGCGUGCUGCGUGUCGAGAACAUGUCAGAUCUCUUCGAGAUGGCAGAUGUCUUGUCCAAGCAGCCUCUGCCCAACGGCAAUCGGCUGGCCAUUUUGACCAAUGCUGGUGGGCCGGGUGUCCUGGCAUGCGAUGCUCUGGCACUGCACGGAGGCAGCCUAGCCGAGUUGUCUCGGGAGACCAUCACAUCUUUGAGUCAAGUUCUCCCGCCUGCCUGGAGCCAUGGGAAUCCCAUCGAUGUUUUGGGAGAUGCGUCGGCCAAGCACUAUGCUGACAGCUUGGAGAUCGUUGCCCGUGAUCCCAACUGUGAUGGCUUCCUGGUGAUCUUGACGCCUCAGGCCAUGACAGCACCAACUGAGUGUGCGGAAGCAUUGUCACGCUAUGCCAAAAUACAAGGAAAGCCGGUGCUUGCAAGCUGGAUGGGCGGCCCGGAUGUUGCUCCUGGUGCGAAGGUCCUGAACGAUGCAGGAAUUCCGACGUACUCCUACCCGGACAUGGCCUGCAAGACUUUUAACUACAUGCACCAGUAUCAAAGCAACCUGGGUAGCAACUACGAGCGCAUCGACUUGAAGAUGGAUUUAGAGAAGGUGCAGGGCAAGGCAGAAGCACGUCAGCUGAUCUCCAAAGUCCGGGCCUCUGGGCGGUCAUUGCUGACGGAAGCAGAAAGCAAGCUGCUUCUCAAGGCUUAUGACAUCCCAGUCACCGCGUGCGAAUUAGCAUCUAGCCCUGAUGAAGCCGUGGCUGCGGCAGAAAAGAUCGGCUUCCCGGUGGUAAUGAAGCUCAACUCCACCACCAUCACGCACAAGACUGAUGUUGGAGGUGUCGUCUUGAAUCUACACAGCAAAAUGGCUGUGGAAAAGUCGUUCUUGGAGAUGAAGGAGAGUGUUUCCAGACUGGCCUCUCCGGAAGGCUUUGAGGGUGUCACGAUUCAACCUAUGAUCUCCUUGAAAGGCUAUGAGAUCAUUCUCGGGUCGUCCAUCGAUCCACAGCUCGGGCCGGUUCUCCUCUUUGGAAUGGGUGGUUCUCUGGUGGAAGUCUUCAAAGACUCAGCCGUCGGGCUGCCUCCACUGAAUGCCAAUCUGGCUCGGAAGAUGCUGGAAGAGACGAAGCUCUAUAAGGCAUUGCUUGGAGUUCGAGGUAUGAAGAGCGUGAAUAUCGAGGCCCUGAUCCAGAUCAUGGUCCGCUUCUCUGUGCUUAUCGUCGACCUCCCAGAAAUCUUGGAAUGCGACAUCAACCCUCUCAUCGCAUCUGAGGAUUCCAUUCUUUCCCUGGAUGCCCGUGUGGUGCUCCACGACCCGAAAACUGCACCGGAGGACUGGCCCCAACCGGCCAUCCGGCCUUAUCCACAUCAGUAUGUUCAGAUCGUUGGCCUCACGGACGAGAUGUCAGCCACGAUCCGACCGAUCUUGCCAGAGGACGAGGGAAUGAUGCUUUUCUUCUACGGUGCAGCCUCCUGGCCAAGCGGCUGCGACCCCACGUCCAUGCCGAAGGAUGAGGAACAGAUGACAUGCAGCUUAAGCCGUACUCACCUCAUCCGGACCUGCUUCGUAGACUUUGACCGAUCGAUCGUCUUGGUUGCGGAGGUGGUUCAGGAUGGAGAAAAGAUGAUCGUCGGAGCCGGCCGCAUCAGCAGGGAGCAGAUGAGCAACGAUGUGACCUUCGCGUUGCAAGUGCUUCCAAGUUUCCGGAGGAAGAGCUUGGGCUCCCUAAUGCUGAAGCAGCUCAUCGCUGUGGCAAACGAAGAAGGGGCAUCUUGCAUCAAAGCCGAUGUUCUUUGUGAGAACACCCGGGCUUUGCGGUUUUUGGAGGGCCACGGAUUCCUACUCGGAGAGGAAAAGAAAGCCCUUGUGCCUGUGAGCCUGCAUUUUCAUGAAGCCUCCGGGAUGCGAAGACAAGCACAGUCUUUUUCCUCCUUUGCGAACGCGCGAAAGCCGACGCAGAUGAUUCACUCGGAGAGCCCGGCGGAGAGUCCAACCUUUGCAGCAAACUGA